UUUUAAAAUCAACUUUCUGAACGUAAAAUUAAAGUGGCGCGUUUAUGAAAAAGUUUCCCUCCCAUUUCCUCCCUCUUUUUCCCCCUCACUCCCCUGGAAGAAUACCGGUAUAUAUUUUUCAUUUUCGGAAUUUCCAUUUUCCCUCAACUCAAACGUCAUUUUCUCUUGUCAUACUCCUCCUUCAAUCCAACUCACACCCAUUUUUUGCUCAAAGCUUCUAAAACUACUACUUCGUUGUAAUUGGAUAUUAUUGAUUUGAUGGGUAGGGGGCGAGCUUAUGUUGAUGACGAUAUUGAUGAAAGUAAGUUCAAGAAUUCGGAAGCAAUGAACCGCUACAAGAAAAUCUUCAGUGUUCAACGUGUGACGGUUGAGCGGGAGGUCAAAUUGAGUGACUUCGAGGAUCUUGGGCUUCCCAGAAUCUUCAAAUCAAGAGGUUGGCUUUUGGCAAUGGGUCCUUCAGAGCCUGCUAAUAUCCAGAUUGUCCGAGAAUUCUACGCAAACAUUCCUCCUUUCUCCGCCGAGCAGAAAAACCCACCUGGGUUGGGCCCUUUUGAUACUUGUUUGUGGGAUGAGACUCUGCAUUUCUCCAGCGGUCGAGAAUACCCUGACUCAUUUGAUGUGUAUUUGCGAGGUAAGGUGUUGAAUUUCUCUGUUUCUGGCAUUGCACAGUUGCUUAAAUUUGCUAGGCCAAACCCAAAUGAAAAAUCACCUGGUUUUCCUGGGCUUCUUGUUGACAAUCUUGACUUGAAGUUGGUGAAAUCUACUUUGGGUUGGAACAAGAGGGUCAGGGUUUUGCCUGAAAAUCGACUGAGUGAUUUGUACAAAGUGCUUAACAGCAUAGUGAGAUAUAAUAUCGAUCCUCCUUGUCACGUUAUCCCUUCUUUGCUUAGCCCUGAUAGAGCUCGCCUCCUUUUCGCCAUGGCUUCUCACGUGCCAGUUGAGCCUACGGAUAAGCUUUAUUCUCCUUGGUCACCUUUGGACAAAAUGGAUAUUUUUGGCUAUAGCUUUACUCCAUCUUCUCCUGCAGUCAAGCAGCCUCAAGCGGUAGUGAGCCACACGCCCAGUAUGGCCCUACUUACCAAUGACGUUGCUGAGCACAGGGGUGAUGUGCGCCCCGUUUCCACCCACUCGGGCAUCCCACCUUCUACGAAACAGCCAUCUGCAGAAAUAAUGGAGGCUGAAGAAGAAAAUAACGGCAAGUUGAUUCCUAACUCUCAUGCUUGUAUAAAUCCGUAAACUUCAACUUCUGACUCGCAUCCAAAUAAGAAAGCGAAAAAAGAUCCAUUGGAACAUGCAGCUGGUGAGGUAUCAAAGUUACUGCAGGAGUUUUUGGCAAGUCAAAUGAAGCUACUACUCAAAGGAGUGGUUUCAAAGAUACCUAACCUCAGUAGAUUGCAAGUUUUUAAGGCUGUACGCAUAAUAUUUAGUGGUAACCCAGAAGA